GCCAUGCCCUCCAAGGGUCUUCUGCAGUCCGUGCAGGUCUUUGAACGCAAGAAAACUGCCACAGCUGUGGCACACUGCAAACAAGGCAACAGCCUCAUCAAGGUGAACAGACGGCCCCUGGAGAUGAUUGAGCCACGUACGUUGCAGUACAAGCUUCUGGAACCCGUUCUGCUUCUGGGGAAAGAGUGGUUUGCUGGUGUGAACAUCCGAGUCUGGGUGAAGGGUGGUGGCCAUGUGGCCCAGAUUUAUGCAAUCCACCAGUCCAUCUCCAAAGCCUUGGUUACGUAUUACCAGAAAUAUGUGGACGAGGCUUCUAAGAAGGAAAUCAAAGACAUUCGCAUCCAGUAUGACCGAACCCUGCUUGUAGCUGACCCCUGGCGCUGUGAGUCUAAGAAAUUCGGUGUCCUGGGUUCCCGUGCUUGCUACCAGAAAUCCUACCGAUAA